CCCCCCAGUCCUCCUCCCCUCCCCUCCAGCAUGGUGCUCGCGGCCCCGCUGCUGCUGGGCUUCCUGCUCCUCGCCCUGGAGCUGCGGCCCCGGGGGGAGGCGGCCGAGGGCCCCGCGGCGGCGGCGGCGGCGGCGGCGGCGGCGGCGGCCGGGGCCGGGGGGGAGCGUUCCAGUCGGCCGGCCCCGUCCGUGGCGCCCGAGCCGGACGGCUGCCCCGUGUGCGUGUGGCGGCAGCAUAGCCGCGAGCUGCGCCUGGAGAGCAUCAAGUCGCAGAUCCUAAGCAAACUGCGGCUCAAGGAGGCGCCCAACAUCAGCCGAGAGGUGGUGAAGCAGCUGCUGCCCAAGGCGCCACCGCUGCAGCAAAUCCUGGACCUGCAUGACUUCCAGGGCGACGCGCUGCAGCCCGAGGACUUCCUGGAGGAAGACGAGUACCACGCCACCACCGAGACCGUCAUUAGCAUGGCCCAGGAGACGGAUCCUGCAGUGCAGACAGAUGGCAGUCCUCUCUGUUGCCAUUUCCACUUCAGCCCCAAGGUGAUGUUCACAAAGGUACUGAAGGCACAGCUGUGGGUGUACCUUCGGCCUGUGCCCCGCCCAGCCACAGUCUACCUGCAGAUCUUGCGACUGAAACCCCUAACUGGGGAAGGGACCGCAGGGGGAGGGGGUGGAGGCCGCCGUCACAUCCGUAUCCGUUCACUCAAGAUUGAGCUGCACUCGCGCUCAGGCCACUGGCAGAGCAUCGACUUCAAGCAAGUGCUACACAGCUGGUUCCGCCAGCCACAGAGCAACUGGGGCAUCGAGAUCAACGCCUUUGAUCCCAGUGGCACAGACCUGGCUGUCACAUCCCUGGGGCCAGGAGCUGAGGGGCUGCAUCCUUUCAUGGAGCUUCGAGUCCUAGAGAACACAAAACGGUCCCGGCGGAACCUAGGCCUGGAUUGUGAUGAGCAUUCAAGCGAGUCCCGCUGCUGCCGAUAUCCCCUCACAGUGGACUUUGAGGCUUUUGGUUGGGACUGGAUCAUCGCACCUAAGCGCUACAAGGCCAACUACUGCUCCGGCCAAUGCGAGUACAUGUUCAUGCAAAAGUAUCCGCAUACCCACUUGGUACAACAGGCCAAUCCGAGAGGCUCUGCUGGGCCCUGCUGCACCCCUACCAAGAUGUCCCCAAUCAACAUGCUCUACUUCAAUGACAAGCAGCAGAUUAUCUACGGCAAGAUCCCUGGCAUGGUGGUGGAUCGUUGUGGCUGCUCCUAAGGUGGGGGACAGUGGAUGCCUUCCCCACAGACCCUACCCUGAGACCCCAGCCCUGGCCCCCAUCUCCCCAAGCCCUAGAGCUCCCUCCACCUCUUCCCAUGAACAUCACACCUUGUUCCCUGACCAAGCAGUGUGCAAUACAACAGAGGGAGGCAGGUGGGGGUUGAGGGACAAGGGGUUGGGGAAACGGGAAAGGAGGGACAGACAUAGUUAGGGUGGAGUGUUUGAUGUUUGCAGGUAAGAAGGUUUGGCAAGAAGAGAGAGAGAUGUAGAGACAGAAGUACAGAGGGAUAGAGACAGGAACAAACAGCAACAUUGAGAAGGCAAAGGAAUAGAGAGAAGAGAUAAGAGACUAGACAGAGACAAACAAUGAGAAAGAGACAGAAAUGGAGUAAUAAAUGAAAGCCCCACACCAAGCCUCCUUUCUUCCACUGGCAAGGUGAGGGGCUUGGUAUAGUUUGGGGAGAUCCCCUGACUAUCCAGUAGGAGAGGAAAUAAAAAAUCCAUUCUUAGCAUCUUCCCUCUCCCCCUACAACAAUAACCAGGGGAAGGGAAGCAAGGGCAGGGGCAAAAGUAAGGAUUUGGGAAUUUUAUUUAUUUAUUUAUUGUGACUUUUCUUUGUUUUUUCUUUUUAUUUUUGGGUACUUGGCUUUACUGGAAUAGGAGGGCCCCUGCCCACUAUGCCCCAUUUGUCCCUUAUGCCCCAAACCCUGCUCUUCCCCAAUACCCACCCACUUAAGCACUUGUAUAAAGCCUCCAGGGUUGGGAAUGGGAGUAAAGGGCAAGAGGGCUGAUAUAUGUGUUUCUAACCCAUAAGCAACCUAACUAACCAAAUGGGUUGAACUGAGUGGCCAUGGAAAUAGUACAAGAUUGGCGUUUAAGAGCUGAGGGAGGGGAAGUCCUCAACAUCCAGGAUCUAUGAGAGCGCCACUAAACUAACCCUCAGACCCACCUUCUCCAAGGUAUUGAUUUAGCCAGAGGGUAUAGCCUGUUUAUGCCCAAAUUACCCUCAGCCGAGAGAGACCAAAGAGCCUGUGGAAUGCCCCUGCUCCCAGCCUCUAUCUUCAGGUCAAUAAAAGAGUAGAGACCCCAAAGUCCCUCAGGUCUGGGUAAGAUUAUAAAGGGUCAAGAAAGGAAUAAUAAGGAGGCUGAAGGUUACAGGGCAUUUGAAUCCAAAUCACUGCUCUGGGCUAGGGAA